AGGGACCAUGCCAAGCCAGCCCCUGGGCAAAGAAGCCAGGGCCAUGGAGGGGGACGGGGACAGGGAUGGGGACUCUGCCCCAGAGAUGAACGGGCUGGAGGAGGAGGGCAGUGAGGACGGGCAGAGUGCCAGCCAGGCGGAGUCCGACGGCGAGAGCUCAGAAGUGGAAGAUGAGGACUGUGAGCGUCGCCGGGUCGAGUGCCUCGAUGAGAUGUCUGACCUGGAGAAGCAGUUCUCGGAACUCAAGGAGAAGCUGUUCAAGGAACGGUUGAGCCAGGUGCGUUUCCGGCUCGAGGAGGUGGGGGCCGAGCGUGCCCCUGAGUACACCGAGCCCCUUGGGGGGCUGCAGCGGAGUCUCAAGACUCGAAUUCAGGUGGCAGGCAUCUACAAGAGUUUCUGUCUAGAUGUGAUCAGGAACAAGUAUGAGUGUGAACUUCAGGCAGCCCGGCAGCACCUGGAGAGCGAGUGGCUGCUGCUGUAUAAUGCCCUCCAGGGGGAGCUCCAAGAGCGGAUUCAGCGGCUGGAGGAGGACCGCCAGAGCAUGGACAUCAACUCUGAAUGGGGGGAUGACAAGGUGCACCCGAAGGGGAGCUCGAGAUCUUGGGAGGCCCUGCAGUCGGGCAAGCGGAAGAAGGCACCACUGGUCUCUGGUCCUUAUAUUGUCUACAUGCUGGAGGAUAUGGACAUUCUGGAGGACUGGACGGCCAUUAAGAAGGCUAAGGUGGCUGUGUCCCCACAGAAGAGGAAACCUGAGGCCUCUGAAGGUCAGACAAGCUGCAGCCAUGGCCUGACUGGACACCUGGGGCUCCUAGACCGGCUCCUGGGCCCACCAGCCACCAGAUGACCCCAUGGCCUGGCCUCCACCAGCCUUUCCUCCACCGUCUGGCCUCUUGACAGCUGGGUUGCCACCAGGCUCCAGAUGCAGGGCUGACACCAGUCCCCAAACAUAGGGGACUAUUGGGUCCCCUGUCACUUUCUCCCAGAGCCAGUAGACUCUUAGAAUGGCCCAGUGACAGCCAGCCUU